AUGCCAGUAGUGCGCAAAGAUGUUGAAGAAGCGCUCGAAAAUGGUUCGCCGACUUUCGAUCUCCCCUCUUUGAGCUACACUGCCUCUAACGAUGCUGCCAUAACUCGUCGAGUCCUUCGAAAGACCGACUGGCGGCUUAUGCCCAUUAUGUUCAUCACUUAUAACUUCAACUUCAUCGACAAAAUCAUCUUGUCGAGUGCUGCUGUGUUUGGAUUAAGGGCUGACACUCAUCUUGUUGGUCAACAAUAUAGUUGGGUGUCUAGUAUUUUCUACUUUGGAUACCUGCUGUGGACAUAUCCUACGACUAUCUUGAUCCAAAGGCUGCCUGUUGGACGAUAUGUAUCAAUCAACACUAUAAUCUGGGGACUUAUAGUGGCCUGUACAGCACUCUGUACCAACUUUGGAAGCUUGAUCACAGCACGCUUCUUGUUAGGAAUGGUUGAGAGCACGACGACCCCGGCGUUUGUAUAUAUCACCUCAACGUGGUACACACGGGAAGAGAUUCCAUUCAGGACUGGAACAUGGUUCGCGGGGAAUUCAUUUGGCGGGUUUGUCGCUAGUGUUUUAGCAUAUGCAAUAGGGAAGAUUGAGAGCCCCAUUGCCACAUGGCGCUGGUUAUUCAUUAUUUUUGGGGUUGCAACUGGGCUGUGGGGGAUUAUCAUGCUGUUCACGCUUCCUGAUAGCGUAGAGUCGUCUCGCUUCCUUGACAAGGAAGGGAAGAAACACGUUCUCGCCAAGGUUUCGCAAGCGGGAACGGGGAGGACGAAUCGAACGACCAGUACUUGGAAAUCCGAGCAGGUCGUUGAGUGUUUGAUUGAUCCAAAGACAUGGGCUUUCUUUGGAAUUUCUGUGUGCACUCAAAUACCUAAUUCCGGAACCCAAAAUUUUGGCAAUCUUGUACUAGAGGGUUUUGGAUUUACUAACCUUGAGACGACCCUUGUCGGAAUACCCUCCUCUUUCAUCUCAUUUUUUACCAUCCUCAUAACCGGGUGGUUCGCAGGAAAAUAUAGUAAUAUUUCCUGCUAUCUCAUAGUCCUUGUUGUCCUUGCUCCUGUGGCGGGCAGUGCACUCAUUUACUCCACGAAAGUUAACAAUGGGGUCAAGUUGUUCGCGUACUACCUGCUUGCGACAGGCCCCGGCGCCCUCCCGUUAUCCAUGUCUCUGAUGACAACCAAUUACAAGGGUGUAACAAAGAAGAUGACAAUGACUGCUAUCCUUUUCCUCGCAUAUUGUACAGGCAACAUUGCCGGACCGCAGUUCUUCAAGACAUCGGAAGCACCAACCUACUCAACAGCUUUCCGCUCAAUUAUGAUUUGCUAUGCAUUGGUCAUAGUUGAAGCCUUGGGCUUGCGUCUUUAUCUCUCCUGGAUGAAUGAGAAGCGACAGAUCAAGUUGUUAGAAAAUGGCAUUACUGUCGAGGCAAAUGAGCCUGACAAGGACACGACAGAUUGGCAAAGCUAUGAUAUGCUUUAUCGAUUAUGA